AUGGCCCGACCGAGCUGCGUCAACGUUGUCUUCAUCUCUUCGUUGAGCUUGAUGAUCCUGGCGUCCGAAUUCGCUGUCCGGAGCGAAGGGGGGAGUGAUUAUGGGGCGGCGCUCACCAAGUCGUUGCUGUACUUCGAGGCUCAGCGAUCAGGCAAGCUGCCUCCUAACCAGAGAGUCCAGUGGCGCGGCGAUUCCGGGCUUAAAGAUGGCGGCGACGCCGGAAUCGAUCUGACCGGAGGAUACUACGACGCCGGCGACAACGUCAAGUUCGGGUUCCCGAUGGCCUUUACGAUCUCGAUGCUCUCGUGGAGCGUCGUGGAGUUCGGAGCCAAGCUGCAAGCGAAGCAGGAGCUCUCGAACGCGCUUGGCGCCAUAAGGUGGGGCACGGACUACCUGAUCAAAGCCCACCCUCAGCCCGACCUCCUCUACGGCGAGGUGGGCGACGGCGACUCUGACCACUCGUGCUGGCAGAGGCCCGAGGACAUGACCACCCCCCGCACCACCUACAGGAUCGACGACCAGCACCCGGGGGCCGACCUCGCCGGGGAGACUGCGGCGGCAUUCGCGGCAGCUUCCGUCGCCUUUGCCCGAAGGGAUUCUAGAUACGCGGCUGAGCUUCUAACUCAUGCAAAACAGCUCUUUGAUUUCGCUCGGAAUCAUCCCGGCCAGUACCAGAGUAGCAUACCUGUAGCGGGAAAAUUCUAUUCUAGCUCUGGAUAUCAGGAUGAACUGCUGUGGGCUGCUGCAUGGCUUCACCGUGCGACCGGGGACAAAGCGUACCUCGAUUACCUCGGUAGCUCGGGCGACACGGGGGGCGGUCGGACCGAGUUCUCGUGGAACGACAAGUAUGUUGGCGCCCAGGUCCUCGUGGCCAAGCUAGUGUUGGAAGGCCAAGUUGGGAACUCAGGGCCAUGGGCUCAAUACAAGAGCCAAGCAGAGCAGUUUAUAUGCAAUUGCCUCCAGAAAGGCAGCGGCAAUUUCCACAUGACCGCCGGGGGACUGCUGUGGUUUCAGCCCUGGGACAACCUCCAGUACACCUCCACCGCCGCGUUCGUCGCCGCGGCAUACGCUGACUACCUCGCCCCCAAGCGCGCCUCGGUCCAGUGCCCCGGCGGGAUCGCGUCGUCCUCCGAUCUGAUCGCGCUCGCCCAAUCACAGGCGGACUACAUCCUCGGAGCGAACCCGAAUAAGAUGAGCUACAUGGUCGGCUACGGGUCGAGAUAUCCGACCCAAGUUCACCACAGGGGAGCCUCCAUCAUCUCGAUCAAGAAGGACCCGGCGCCUGUCUCGUGCAGCCAAGGCUUCCAGUUGUGGUUCAAUGAGAACGCCCCAAACCCGAACGUGUUGGACGGAGCGCUCGUCGGGGGCCCGGACGGGCAAGACCAGUACACGGACUCGAGGUCGAACUUUCAGAUGGCCGAGCCCGCGACCGUCAACACAUCACCUUUCGUCGGGGUUUUAGCUAGGCUUGCUUGAGCAUAGUUACCAAUUACCAUG